AUGAUGAUGAUGGUAACUGUGCGGCGCCGCGUGGUGUGUGAUCAGCUGGUCCUUGUGCUCUUGUGCUGCUGCUGCUGCUUGUCCGUCUGCGGGACUCCUGUGCCGGCAAAAACCCUUAUGAGUGUGCAUGUUUCUUGUUCGAGGACUGACGGUAGGUUGGGUUGGCGUCUUCCCAACGAGACGGGUUGGAGAAAGUGUGCCAAUAAGCCUGCAGAAGGUGGAGGAGGAGAGGAUGAGUGUGCACUGGUGUGCAUUGCCGCUGGGUACGUCUACAAAGAUGCGGAAAAUCCCAGACCGUGCGUCCCUGACGGUGGACCGACUGAUGUUUGGACCGGGAUAGGGAUGCGUUUGAGCGAGAAUGUAAAAAACUGCAGUUCGGCGGCUGCACCGACAGCGACGGUUGCUGGCCAGGCACAGAGCGGCGUCGGCAGUCCGCCGGGGGAGGCAGCUGAGGCGCCGCAGAAGUCGCCUGAGCACACAGACGAAGGCGGCUCUUAUCCAAGUCUAAGCGAACACGUGGCAUCGGCACCCGAAGCUUCCAGUCAGACGCCCUCUUCUCCAUCUGGAGGCACCGCCACUGGGGUGCGGGAUCCCGGCGGUGCGGACAGCAGCGACGCCGCCACUGUGUGGGUGCGCACGUCUCUGCUGCUCGUCACCGCCCUUAUCUGCGCUGCUGUGCGGUGA